AUCAUACAAGACCACUGCCUAAUCACGUACAAUUUGACAGUUCGCAGUGUUUUGGUUGUAAUUCAGUGAAAACCCCAUUUGCGAUGAGUAGUGAAAACUAUCGUAGUCCUACGAAAUCACACGAGCCAGGCUGGAAUGAUCCGCCUCCAAAGAUUGUCAGCAAACCACCGGUUUCUGCAUCCGAUGGGAGUGAUAACAUACCAAGCCGGGAAGAAAUGUUCGGCAAGAUACAAACCGUAUUCGAUGAGUAUGUACAGCGCGUAGAGGAAUCACGACGGUCGACUGUGCAAAAGCGUUUCAAUCUCAUGUACCAACAGUGGACGGAUAAAAAGCUUCCGGAAGUUUUAGAAAAGUUGAUCUACAUGUUAGUUACCGCACUGCUGGAUCAAGAUGUUAAUCGCGCGAAUGCGGUGCAUCGUACCAUCGUCUGUGAUCACGGCAGUGUAUGCGUUAUGUGGGCUCCAGUAUUGCGACAUCCGAUCAUGGAGUUACAGCAACAAAGUGAAGAAGCGGGAAACGAUAAUAAUUCUAUCGUGCAGCCCAUACAGUAAAGUGUAGAGCGAACGAAGACUGAGAACCAAAUGAAUGGAUUCAUAUAUACGGGCAUGAAACAAGGCUUUGAAUCAAAUGCUGCUUUAUUAAAGAGAGUAUGUUCCACGACACGGUAAACAAAUGGUAAAGAUCAAACAAAAUGCUGGUCUUUUGUAUUCCAGAUCUUCCCUGUUGAGGGUGCAUGCAAUAAGAUAAGCUAGAUAGGGUACGCUGAGAUAAAAAGGAUAAAAUAUCGGUGAUAAUGUGUGAAAUACAGUUGAACCAUAACCAACUCAUAAGAGAAA